CUCCCGACUGAACGGGAAGUGAGCGACAUGCUCUCCAACGUCGAGUACCUCAAACGCUCUCUUGAGCAAUGCAGAGAGGUGAUCGUGGCAUCGCUGCAGAGCGAGAGGGCCCGCGAAGGUGCCAAGCCACCAAAGGGUCCUUACGAAGAAGACCAAGACGUCCCCAUGUAUGGAGACUCCAUCAAGCCACCAUAUGGCAUGACGGAAGUCAAAAAGCGCCGAGGGCGCGCUGCUCCUCCUGGCCGAUGCCACAGCUGCAAUCGCAUCGACACACCAGAAUGGAGACGGGGACCCGAUGGUGCCAGAACGCUGUGCAAUGCCUGCGGCCUCCACUACGCAAAGCUCGAGCGUAAGCGCCAGCUGGAAGCAAGGUCAUUACGCCCUAAGCCCGAGGAGCGAAGCUAG